CAGAGGAGAUUAUUUCUUUAAUAAUCCUAAAUAGCAUAUUUUUUCUCACUUGAAACCGACCUUGCGUUUUCUCUCCCUCCCUCCUUCACUUCCCUCCGCCGGAGGACCCACCGGCGGUGCUCCGAUCCGUCUACUCCCCACGGAACUCGAAAAAAGCCUAUUUUAUCGUGACAGGAAAUCAAGGGGGACGAUUCUGUGCUUUGAAGUUCGAAAUCAGUAUGGGAAACUGCUGUGUGAAAGCAGAGGUCGUGGAAGACAAGUCCAACCACCACUCUAACCAUGGAACCAAGAAGAAAAUCAAGGAAGGAAGACCGAAUCCAUUUUCAGAAGAAGCUAUUCAUUCGACGGCUCCGAUCCGGGUCUUGAAGGAUGUGAUUCCACUGAGUCAUCGAACCCGAAUCAGCGACAAGUACAUACUGGGUCGCGAGCUGGGUCGAGGAGAGUUUGGGAUCACCUACCUCUGUACGGACCGAGAGACGAAGGAAGCACUGGCUUGUAAGUCGAUUUCGAAGCGGAAGCUGAGGACGGCGGUGGAUAUUGAGGACGUGAGGCGCGAGGUCGCUAUAAUGUCCACGUUACCGGAUCAUCCCAACAUCGUGAAGCUCAAGGCUACCUACGAGGACAACGAAAACGUGCACCUUGUGAUGGAGCUGUGCGAGGGCGGCGAGCUUUUUGAUCGGAUUGUGGCGAGAGGACACUACAGCGAACGAGCGGCCGCGAACGUGGCCAGAACAAUUGCAGAGGUUGUGAGGAUGUGCCAUGCUAACGGGGUUAUGCAUAGGGACCUGAAGCCUGAGAAUUUCCUUUUUGCCAACAAGAAAGAGAAUUCCGCCCUCAAAGCCAUCGAUUUCGGGCUCUCUAUCUUUUUCAAGCCUGGAGAAAAGUUCUCAGAGAUUGUUGGGAGUCCUUAUUAUAUGGCGCCGGAGGUUCUGAGAAGGCACUAUGGGCCAGAGGUUGACAUCUGGAGCGCCGGAGUGAUUCUUUAUAUAUUGUUAUGCGGAGUUCCUCCAUUUUGGGCAGAAAGUGAACAAGGCGUUGCUUUGGCAAUUCUGCGAGGCGUAAUUGACUUCAAGAGGGAACCUUGGCCUCAGAUUUCGGAUAGUGCCAAAAGCCUGGUACGACAGAUGCUGGAACCAGAUCCUAAAAAGCGCUUAACAGCUGAACAAGUGCUUGAACAUCCCUGGCUACAAAAUGCAAAGAAAGCUUCAAAUGUUCCACUUGGAGAUAUUGUGAGGGCAAGGCUUAAGCAGUUCUCUGUGAUGAACAGAUUCAAAAAGAGAGCCCUCAGGGUAAUUGCUGAGCAUUUAUCUGUCGAAGAGGUAGAAAUAAUGAAAGAUAUGUUCACAUUGAUGGAUGUUGACAAAGAUGGCAAAGUAACAUACGAGGAACUCAAGGCUGGGUUGCAGAAGGUUGGUUCACAAUUGGCUGAGCCAGAGAUAAAGAUGCUGAUGGAAGUGGCCGAUGUUGAUGGGAACGGAGUACUGGACUAUGGAGAGUUUGUAGCUGUGACAAUUCACCUGCAGAAAAUGGAGAAUGACGAGCAUAUCCGCAAAGCAUUCAUGUUCUUUGACAAAGAUGGGAGCGGGUAUAUUGAGUUAGGUGAGCUACGCGAAGCAUUAGCUGAUGAGUCAGGGGAGACUGAAGCGGAUGUAUUGAAAGACAUCAUGCGUGAGGUUGACACAGACAAGGAUGACCGGAUAAGUUAUGAGGAGUUUGUGGCCAUGAUGAAAACUGGAACUGACUGGAGAAAAGCAUCUAGGCAAUAUUCAAGGGAGAGAUUCAAGAGUCUUAGUCUAAACUUGAUGAAGGAUGGUUCACUUCAGCUUCAUGAUGGAAUUAGUGGCGAAUCUGUGGUGGUUUGAAUAUGGAGUGAUUUCUUCUUUGUAACGUUGGUACUGACUCAAUUUCUUCUUUCUUUGACCGUUUUCUAUGCCUGGAAGUAUGGUUUGUGUGAUCUCUUCAUGAAAGCAAGUUUUGAGCAGGCCUGGAUUGUAUUGAAGCCUUUGAAACAUGCUAAUUUACUUCUAAGUUUGGGGUUGGGUGUCAGGGUUGGGCGGGAUUGCAUACAAAAGAUGAUUUACACUUUAUAGGUUAUCAGCAGAAAUUACGGGGCACUUGCUGCAAGCCUCAAAAUUGUCACAUAUAUUCUUUGUAUAUUUUUGUCUUUGUAAUUUGUUUUUGAUAAUUCCAUUGGUUAAUGUCAUUUCCUCCAAGAUGUGCAGCAAACCAGUUCAAGAAGUUUAGAAGGGCUUAUGCCUGUCGAAGGUAUUCAAAUUGAUGUAGUUAUCUGUUUU